AUGCCCAGCAGUGAGAGGAGGCAUGCUGCGUGGGUGGAUGUAGUCGCUGGUGGGUUUGGCGGAGCACUCGCCAAGUCGCUACUCAGCCCCUUCCAACGCAUCGUCGUACUGCAGCAACUUGGGCAACACAAGAACUACAGCAUCAAGGAGCUGGUGCGCCACAUCUAUGCGCAGGAUGGCUUGAAAAGCUUCUGGCGCGGCAACCUCACCUCGAUGGUAAUUCGAGUGCCGUACAGCGGCAUUCAGUUUCUGCUCUAUACGCAGCUAAAGUUCCUCUUCCAGGACUGGCUGGAUCGUCGUCAUGCCGCCACAGCACUCUCUGGCAACCUGGUGGGCAGCGACAACGACGGCCAUGGCAACGCGUCCGGCGCCGCGACGUUGCGCGGAGUGUGGAUGGAGAAGUUCAUCAUGAAGUGCGGCGCCGGCGGCAUCUCGGCCACGAUCGCCGGCGCCGCCGUCUACCCCGGCGAGGUUGUCCGCCUCCGUCUCAUGUCUGGCGAGAAGAAGUUCACCGGCAUUGCGCACACGUGCCGGCUUGUUUAUCGGGAGACUCAUUCGCUGCGCAACUUCUACCGCGGCCUCGGCGCGUCCCUCAUGCAGCGCGUCCCAGACAUCCUAGUCAGCUUCGCCACGUACGAGACGGUCAAGUACGCCGUGCUAGAUAGCCCCAACCCGCCCUUCUUCAAGGACAGUUACGCGGCGCGUAAUGUGCUAUCAACGAUGGUAGGUGGCUCCGCAGCGGCAAUUGCCUCUAUCCUCCUAGCGUUCCCGCUCGACGUAGCGAAGCGGCGGAUCGGAAUGUCUGGCCAGGGUACCGACAAGACUGUUUACCGCGGCGUCGGCGACUGCCUGCGACAGGUCUACGCCAAGGAGGGCAUCCGUGGUUGGUACGCUGGGGCCUUUGUCGAGGCGGUGCGGUGUGUGCCGCAGGUGAUCCUCAUGUGGAUGUUCAUCGAGGUAAUUCAGAAGGAGCUGUCGCUCUACGCGAGAGUGGCAUCAGCCGAAGAAGAGGUGACGGGGAAGAGUCCUUGA